AUGGGGAUGCAUUUGCACCAACGUGGAUUGAAAAAUGCUUUGCUAUUGGUUGACAUCAUUGAUGUUAUACACUCUAUUAAUAGGGGAGCACAAAUCGUCAUUAAGUUAACUCAGAAACGUAAUAAUUUAAAUAUGGAAGAGGGACGUAAGUCAGAUAUGGAAAAUGUUAGUGAACGAUGGAAUUCUGAAGAGAUGGAAAAUUAUGCAGAGGAAAGUUCUCCAUCAACUAACACAAAGUCAUUUAAUACAAGUACUGAAGUAUUAAGUAAAUGGUUAGACAAUAAGAUUAUUACUUGGGGUAACCCGGUAACUGAAAUUCUCGAAAAUGGCAAUUUAUGCAUUAAAGUUGCUCGGGAAAUUGGGCUCUUUUCUGUUCUUUUGAUGGGAUUACCAAAAAGUGGAAAAACAACGCUUGCCGCACAAAUUGCAAAGAAUUCAAACUUCCCAUUUGUUAAAGUUAUUACAUCUGAAGACAUAAUCAGCCUUGAUGAAUUUGAAAAUGAUUCUGCAAAAUGUCGUUUUAUACAAAAGGUGUUCGAUGAGGCAUAUGGUUCACAGUUCAGCUGCAUUAUAAUUGAUAAUAUUGAACGUCUACUGAAUUACUGUCCAAUUAACUCAAAGUAUUCUAUUCUGAUAUUGCAAACAUUUUUUAUGUUAUUAGAGAAAUCACCACCGUCUGGUCAUAAACUGUUGAUUUUGUGCACUUCUAGUUACCAACAAUUUUUAAACGAUGUGGAAUUACUUUCAACAUUUAACGUCAUUCUUCAUGUGCCUAAUUUGUCAACCGUUGAUCAUAUGUUUAACGUGUUGGAUGAAGUUAAUCUUUUUUCAAAACAUAAAAUGGCUUCCUUUCAGACAAAGCUUCAAGGAAAGCAACAAGUAUUCAUUGGUAUUAAGAAAUUACUUUCUCUAAUAGACAUAAUACGUCAAGUGGAACCAAGCGACAGAGUCGAAGAAUUUUUUACAAAACUGAUGGAAGAAGGCGGUUUACAGUAA